CUAACAGCCACCGGGCCGGGGGGAGAACCGGGAGGGGUGAACCUGGAGGGGAGAACGGGAAGGGAGAGCCGCCCCCAACCGCAGCCGGCCUCCCGCAUCCCUGACGCGGGGCUUUGUCCGCGGCCGGCGGCGCUGAGGCACGGCGGUUACGCGCUGAGGGGCGCUCGCGCCGCCUCACCGGCGCUUCUUUCUUCCCCCCCCCUCCCCUCCCCGAACCCCCCGGGAAGCGGCUGGCUGCGGGCUGCCUCUCGCUCCCCUCCCCUCCCUUUUCGUUUUUAUUUUAUUUUAUUUUAAUUUAACCCCCCCCUCCCUCCCUCCCGCGCGGCGGCCUAACCCCCCCCCCCCCCAGUUUCCCCCUCACCCUUCCCGCUCCCGUCAUGGCGACAUGAGGAGCCCGCCGGCCGCCGCCGCCCCGGGCAUGGGCCCCGCACGGUGCUGAAGCGCCGCCGAGGAGCCCUGGCGCCGCCGCCCCGCCAUGGGGUGCUGAUGGCCGGGCCCCGCCGGGCACCCCGCCGCCGCGCAGGGGAGGUAGCUGUAUCCAGCUGGGUGGCAGGUGGAUCCAAGGGUCACCAUGAAGUUUUCAGGACCCCUGGAGAGCCAGAGGUUGUCUCUCCUUCUGGAGAUGGCAAUCUCUAGGGAAGCUCAAAUGUGGAAAGCACAUGUGCCGAAAAUUCAGCCCAAUCAGGAUGUAGCCAUUUCUCCAAGGCAGAGGGAUGAGGUCAUCCAGUGGCUGGCGAAGCUCAAGUACCAGUUCCACCUUUACCCAGAAACGCUCGCCCUGGCCAUCAGCCUCUUGGACAGGUUUUUAGCAGCAGUAAAGGCCCAUCCCAAGUACCUGAACUGUAUUGCAAUCAGCUGCUUCUUCCUCGCUGCAAAGACCAUUGAGGAAGAUGAGAGGAUUCCAGUACUGAAGGUGUUGGCUCGGGAUAGCUUUUGUGGUUGUUCUCCAGCUGAAAUUCGCAGAAUGGAGAAGAUCAUCCUGGAUAAACUGAACUGGGAUCUUCACAUGGCAACGCCACUGGAUUUCCUUCAUAUUUUCCACGCCGUGGCGGUGUCCAGCAGGCCGCAGCUCCUGGCCCUGCUGCCCACGCCCAGCCCCUCGCAGCACGUGGCGGCGCUGACCAAGCAGCUGCUGCACUGCAUGGCCUGUUUCCAGCUGCUGCAGUUCAAGGGCUCCAUGCUGGCGCUGGCCAUCGUCAGCCUGGAGCUGGAGAAGCUGCUCCCCGACUGGCUGGCUCUCAUCAUCGAGCUGCUCCAGAAGGCACAGAUGGACAGCUCGCAGCUGAUCCACUGCCGGGAGCUGGUGGCACAUCACCUUUCCACUCUGCAGCCUUCUCUGCUGCCCAACUCUGUAUAUGUCUACAGUCCCCUCCAGCAGACCCUGGUGACCUGUAACAGAGGAGCGUUCCACCGCCAGCCCUCCUCUGUCCCAGGGCCGGGUUUCUCCCAGGACAACGGCCGGCCAGAAGCGCCCGUCACAGCUACAGCCACGCUCUGCCCGCGCCCACCCGCCCCCGCCGGCGGCUGCAAGGCAGGCUCCGCCAAGCGCAAGGUGGAAGAGAUGGAAGUGGACGACUUCUACGAUGGCAUCAAGCGCCUGUACAACGAAGAGCUGGCUCCGGAGGCGGUGGCCCUGGAGAACAUGGGCUCCGUUUGCGGCGCCGACGUCUCGCGGCAGGAGGGCAGUGUGUCCCCCUGUCCCCCUCUGCAGCCGGUGUCUGUCAUGUAGCUGCCGGUGCCACCAUGGGACCUGGCAGCCCGUGGCCUCAGCAGGGCGAGAAGGGGCCGUACCUUGUCAGGCUGAACUGAAGGGAGCCAAAAGAAAACCAGGAAAAAAAAAAUCCCGACCCUUUUUUGAAUUUUAUUUCUUGUGCGGCUAAUUAUAGUUCCACUAUUUAAGCACUUAAAAACACAAAAAAGUAUAAAAAUCUAAAAAAAGACCCAAAAACCAAACAAAAAAAGUAGCAAAAACCUGUUCCUUUCUAGUGUUGUCGGUUCCACUGUUUUUCUGCUCCUGUGCGUUGUAACCCAUUCUCCACAUCCGAGAGCUCACACAUCAGCCCUGCAGAGCUGUUCUGGGUUUCCCAGCCAACUAAUGCCUCUCUGAUCCCAUUCCCACCCGCUCCUUGCUCCCUUUCUGCCUGCUCCUCUUUUAGUUCUCAGCCAGUCUCGUGCAUGACAUUCUGUCCUGCCCCACCUCCACCACAGCUUUCUUUUGCCCUUCUAAACAGAAACCUCUUUCGUUAAUAGCUGGGUGUUUAAAUGUGAUAAUAUUGAAAAACUGGAUUUAAACAAAAGAUUAGGCAGGGAAAAAACCCAAACCAAUGCUUGCAAGCUGCUCCACACUUCAGUAAUUCCCACAGGAGCGAGACGGUGCUCUGUGCCUUGCACAGAGACUUCUCCCUGUUACACCAUUUUGUCUAUCCCAACACAGAAAGCAGUUACUGGGUUAUGCAUUACUAGAAUGAAACCAUUUUUUCUUGCUGUGUAGCACUGAGUGUGGAUUCUCACCAAGGCUUGGUUCUCUCCAUCAGAUGUAACCCUUGAAUUGUGCAGAGCCCGGUUCUCCCUGCACAUUGCCCAGCACUGCUGGGUGAGGUGCCGGGGCAGCUGUGGACACCUGAGGUUUGGAAUGUGUGUCAUCAUGAGGCACAGAACCAAAACAAAACACCCCAACCCUUGAGUUUUGUGUUCAUGUAACUUCUAACCAAGAGUCUGCCCUGUAACGCGUCUCCUCCGUGUGACACCCUGUUCUCAGAACACCCUGUCCCGACUGUAAGCUCUCUCCACAGCCCUGAGGAAGGUAUUGUAACCAGAGCCAUUGUACUGAUGAAAGCCUUCUGGUAGCAAUAAAGAAAGUUGUCCUGGA